GUGGGAGCCAUUAAAUAACACGCUUAAUGUCAGUCAAAAUUUAGAUAUUGUAACGAGGCUUAUUAAUUAUUAUCCAGAUAUAUAGUAAGUACUCCACGCUUAGAAAGGUACGGGCGAUCAAAGAUUAGGUUAGCUAUUGAGCUCGCAACGUGUUUGCUGGCCGCAGCCGACAAAGACGACUGACUGCUCGUCGUACAUUUUCUCUGAAGCUGUUACCAACCAGGAGACACAUUGACGACCACCGUGCAGGACACGAAGACCGAGGAGAUGGCGAGCUCAGUGGGAAAUGUGGCUGACAGCACAGAACCAACAAAACGUAUGCUUUCCUUCCAAGGGUUGGCUGAGCUGGCGCACCGGGAGUAUCAGUCGGGAGACUUUGAGGCUGCAGAGCGCCAUUGUAUGCAGCUGUGGCGGCAAGAGCCUGAUAACACAGGCGUGCUGCUGCUCCUGUCUUCCAUCCACUUCCAGUGCCGAAGACUCGACAGGUCUGCUCACUUCAGUACCUUGGCCAUCAAACAGAACCCAAUGUUGGCUGAGGCUUACUCAAACCUGGGGAACGUGUACAAGGAGCGAGGGCAACUGCAGGAGGCCAUAGAGCAUUAUCGGCAUGCUCUGAGACUGAAACCAGAUUUUAUUGAUGGAUACAUCAACUUGGCGGCAGCUCUGGUGGCUGCAGGAGACAUGGAAGGAGCAGUGCAAGCUUACGUGUCUGCAUUACAGUACAAUCCUGAUCUUUAUUGUGUGCGUAGUGACUUGGGAAACUUGCUUAAAGCACUCGGGCGUUUGGAAGAGGCUAAGGCUUGUUACCUGAAAGCCAUUGAGACUCAGCCCAACUUUGCAGUGGCUUGGAGCAACCUGGGCUGUGUGUUCAAUGCACAGGGAGAGAUAUGGCUGGCCAUACACCAUUUUGAAAAGGCUGUGACUCUGGACCCAAAUUUCCUUGAUGCGUACAUCAAUUUGGGAAAUGUUUUGAAGGAGGCACGCAUCUUUGACAGAGCUGUGGCUGGAUACCUGAGAGCCCUGAGUCUUAGUCCCAACCAUGCAGUUGUUCAUGGAAACUUGGCCUGUGUCUACUAUGAGCAGGGCCUCAUUGACCUGGCUAUUGACACCUAUCGCCGUGCUAUUGAAUUGCAGCCUCACUUCCCGGAUGCCUACUGCAAUUUGGCAAAUGCCCUGAAGGAGAAAGGCAAUGUGUCUGAAGCAGAAGAGUGCUACAACACAGCCUUGCGUUUGUGUCCAACCCAUGCAGACUCCCUCAACAACUUGGCCAAUAUCAAGCGUGAGCAGGGCAACAUUGAGGAGGCCGUUCAGCUCUAUAGAAAAGCCCUAGAGGUGUUCCCAGAAUUUGCAGCAGCUCACUCUAACCUGGCCAGUGUCCUGCAGCAACAGGGCAAACUCCAGGAGGCCCUCAUGCACUACAAGGAAGCCAUCAGAAUCAGUCCCACAUUUGCCGAUGCCUACUCAAACAUGGGUAAUACACUGAAGGAAAUGCAAGAUGUACAGGGAGCGCUCCAAUGCUACACUCGUGCCAUCCAGAUCAACCCUGCCUUUGCUGACGCUCACAGCAAUUUGGCCUCUAUCCACAAGGAUUCUGGAAACAUCCCAGAGGCUAUUGCAUCUUACCGCACAGCCUUGAAACUCAAGCCAGACUUCCCUGAUGCGUACUGUAACUUGGCACAUUGCUUGCAGAUUGUGUGUGACUGGACAGACUAUGAUGAGCGGAUGAAGAAGCUUGUGAGCAUUGUGGCGGACCAGUUGGAUAAGAACCGCUUGCCUUCAGUGCACCCACACCACAGUAUGCUGUAUCCACUCUCUCACGGCUUCCGCAAGGCCAUUGCUGAACGCCACGGAAACCUUUGCCUGGACAAGGUACACGCACUGAUGAAAAUCAAUGCACUGCACAAACCUGCUUUUGAGCAUCCUAAAGAUCUAAAGGCCAGUGGUGGACGUUUGCGUGUUGGUUAUGUCAGCUCGGACUUCGGCAACCACCCUACUUCCCACCUAAUGCAGUCCAUUCCUGGAAUGCACAAUCCUGAGAAAUUUGAGGUGUUCUGCUAUGCACUCAGCCCUGAUGAUAGCACCAACUUCAGAGUGAAAGUAGUAGCAGAGGCUCAUCAUUUCACAGACCUCUCACAGAUUCCUUGCAAUGGCAAGGCAGCUGAUCGUAUUCACCAGGAUGGAAUCCACAUUCUGGUCAACAUGAAUGGAUACACUAAGGGAGCCCGAAAUGAGCUUUUUGCCCUCCGCCCAGCCCCUGUUCAGGCUAUGUGGCUAGGAUACCCAGGAACGAGUGGUGCUCCCUUCAUGGACUACAUCAUCAGUGACAAGGAGACGUCACCUUCGGAAGUAGCUGAGCAGUAUUCUGAGAAACUUGCCUACAUGCCCAACACUUUCUUCAUUGGAGACCAUGCCAACAUGUUCCCUCACCUCAAGAAAAAAGCUGUGAUUGAUUUCAAGUCUAAUGGACACAUCUUUGACAACCGCAUUGUUCUCAAUGGUAUUGAUCUGAAGGCCUUCUUGGACAGUCUGCCAGAUGUCAAAGUGAUAAAGAUGAAAUGUGACAACAACCAGGAUGCUGCUGGAGACACAAAUGGAGCUCUGUCCAUGCCAGUCAUCCCCAUGAACACAGCAGCUGAAGCAAUCAUCAACAUGAUCAACCAAGGCCAAAUCCAGGUCACAAUUAAUGGCUUCACUGUCAGCAAUGGCCUGGCCACCACACAGAUCAAUAACAAAGCUGCCACUGGGGAGGAGGUGCCACGCACAAUUGUUGUGACAACCCGCUCCCAGUAUGGUCUUCCCGAGGACUCCAUUGUCUACUGCAAUUUCAAUCAGCUCUACAAGAUCGAUCCCCCUACCCUUCAGAUGUGGGCCAACAUCCUGAAACGUGUGCCCAACAGUGUGUUAUGGCUUCUUCGAUUCCCUGCUGUGGGCGAGCCAAACAUCCAGCAGUAUGCUCUGAACAUGGGCCUCCCUGGCUCUCGCAUCAUCUUCUCUCCUGUUGCCCCCAAGGAGGAGCAUGUGAGAAGGGGCCAGCUGGCUGAUGUGUGCCUCGACACCCCCCUGUGCAAUGGUCAUACCACAGGCAUGGAUGUUCUCUGGGCUGGAACACCUAUGGUCACAAUGCCAGGUGAGACGCUUGCCUCCCGUGUGGCUGCCUCACAACUCAACUGUCUGGGCUGUCCUGAGCUAAUAGCCCACAGUCGUCAGGACUACGAGGACAUAGCAGUCAAACUAGGCUCCGACAUGGAAUACUUGAAGAUGGUUAGAGCACGUGUGUGGAAGCAGCGAAUCUGCAGCCCUCUUUUCAACACCAAGCAGUACACAAUAGAUCUGGAGAGGCUCUAUCUGCAGAUGUGGGAGCACCAUAGCAAUGGCAAUAAGCCAGAACACCUGGUCAAAUUCCAGACAGUAGAAACCAGUGAGAAUGCCUGAACUGGAAGCACGCUGACUUUCUUCUCCCCUUUAUCCCACCCAUGUGCAGUCCAUCCCACCAUCUUUUUUUUAUUUUUAAAAACAAACAUUUUCAGCACCCUGGCUUUGAAUGGUCCACUCCAGCCCUCCAUCCUGAAUGACUGUCUCCACCCCUCUCAUUCAUCCCCUUUCUUUCUUAUUUGCAAAGGAGCCUACAGAUGUACACAUUUGCCCAUCACAUCCGUCUUUGCAUCACACAUCUGUGUUUCCUGAGCCAGAUAGAGCCUGAGGCCUUAUGGCACUUUGUCUGAGACUCUUGUCCUAAACCACAAUAUAUUUGGUAAGCAUGAGAAGAUUGUGAAUGCCCCGCUACUCCCGUCAGUACUUGGAUCAGUGGAUUUUUUUUUGUUUUUUUCCUGUCUGUGUACAUGCAGGACUAAUGCAACUUGUGGGGAGAAUGCCCAGCCAUCAUUACUUGUUGAUCUAUUUAUAAAUGGAUUAAGGGUGUUGUGUGUUUUAAAAGGACAAUGUUGCAACAUGAAAAUUGUACCUCUGAUCUAAGUUUCAUCAGCUUUAACAUGCAGUUGUAAAACAUAGAUUUACAAAUGACUGCUCUUUAGUUUGUUUUAAGCUGUUAUUAAAUGACUGCAGUGAGUAGAUGUGCAAGUUUUGAGGAAUACAGUCAAGAAGACUUCUUCCCCUCACCAAAUGCCAACUUUGAUUCAUUUUGCUGUCAAUUAUGGAAUAUGUUCACUAGCUGUUGUCCCGUUCGAUGUCUCACUAUGCUUGUAAAGAUGACUGGACAAAGGAGCUUCAAGUCAUUGGAAUGGGCCUCAAUUUCAGUUUAGGUAUAAGCUGUUAUCGAAUUGAUCUUGUUUUUUUUAAUCACACAAACAAGGAACGGCCUAGGUAAGUAUUUUCUAAGCAGUUUUUGUUUUUGUAUUGUCCAUUAACUGUAUGCUGUCAAUGGCUCUGAAUAAAAUAAAACUAAAAAAACUAAAAUAAAGAGAUUGUUGAAACAUG